UACCGAUUGGUUGCGAAACGAAGCUGGGAAACAGGAAGCUGAAAAAAUCUUGUCAACCAAAGUGCAUGUAAGCCUCUGCUCACAUUUUCUCGUGUUCUCCAAGCUAACGCUGCGUUUAGAAAGCAGGUCUUAUCUGGUCGCCGCUGAAAGAUAAAAAUGGGGUGCUUCUUUUCCAAAAAAUCCAAAAGAAAGUCAUCCGAAAAAGAGGAUCGUGCCCCGACAACAACGACUGUCGAAACUACGACGACAAGCAACGCGGUUCCCCUUGGCAACAACACCGACGAGGCACCGAAGCAGUACAGCUGGGAUAAGAGAGAAAAGGUUGAUCCUAAAGAUUACAUGCUGACAGGACUCAAAGAUGUCACAGUGGGCCGUCUGCCUGGCAAACUGAAUGGGCAACAGUUUGUCAUCCAGGAGUGUGAGAACUGCAACAUCUACGUAUUCGACCACUCAGCGACCAUCACCAUCGAUGACUGUGUCAACUGCCGCAUUGUUCUAGGACCUGUCAAAGGCAGCGUGUUUUUCAGAGACUGUAAAGACAUCAAGUGUGUGGUGGCCUGUCAGCAGUUUCGCACGCGGGACUGUAAAAAGAUGGAUGUGUUCUUGUGCUGCGCCACUCAGCCCAUCAUCGAGUCAUCUACAGGAAUGAAGUUUGGUUGCUUUCAGUACUACUACCCUGAGCUAGCCUUUCACUUCAAGGAUGCCGGGCUCAGCAUAUUCAACAACAACUGGAGCAACAUCCAUGACUUCACGCCGGUGGCUGGAGAGAACAACUGGAGCUUGUUGCCAGAGGCGUCGUCAGUUCUGGAUUUUGUACCUGUCCCAGAUGCUGAAUCUGAAUUCAAGUCUGUUCGAAUCUUAACUGACCCUGCGCGCAGCAUUGUGCCUUUGACAAAGGGAGGGAGGCGUAAGGACAGUGAAGAGUCCUGCCUCUUUGUUUUCUUCGCUGGGGAGUACACCACUGCAAACGCCCGAAAAAUGAUCGAUGAGGCAACAACUAAAGGUUUUGUGCUGAUCCAGACGAAGGAGGUCUCAAUGCGACCUGAGGAUGUGAAGAGAGUGUUUCAGAACAGUGCAGAGGACCUUGUGGAGUGGAUCACCAAAGGUCCUGUCAUUGCCCUCGAGCUGAACGGUGAUGGAGUUGUGGAGGCCUGCAAGAGCAUCGCUAAUGAGGUGUUCAGUGGGACCAAGGUUUUUGUCUCUGAGAACAAAAACACGUCCUCUCGAGAUGUGGACAACUUCUUCAACUUCGCUGACAUGCAGAUGGGCUUGUGAAUAUCAAAACAUAAACUGCCCCCCCCCCCCCCCCCAAACCGCCGCUGUGCAGCGUUUGAUUAUGAGUCGCGUUGGAUUAUUAUUUGCCUGUUUUUGUCUUCAAAAUUUUGGUAGGAAAGAAAAACAUUAAUCACAGGGUUUGGGUGAAACAGUUCGGUUCAUCAGCCACCAGCCCACAUCAUCCCAAAAGAGUUGCUGAAAACCAUUUAACAUCCAAUAGUUGCUAAGAAUGCUGUGAUUAUUUAUAUUUCUAUGAAUGUAUUCAGUAAUUCUGUUGCUUUUAUUGAUCGUGAAUGUAGCUCUUUGCUGUAGAUGUUAUUCAUUUUAAUUUAAAACUAUCCUUACUGUCUGAAACCGUCAUUGCAGUGAAAAAACAUGAGCACAAGAAUGCCUAAGUGAAAAUACUUUAUGUAUAUAAAUCAUAUUUUUAUUUCUUGUGAGGAUUUGUUUGUGUAUGUGGUUUAGAUGACGGACUUGUUUAAAAUGUGUACAUUUGAGACAUGAUGUGUAGAUGACAACUAGAUUUGUAUUUAUAUCCGUUAGGCCAAAGUUGAGUUGUGAAAAUCAGAGUGCAUCUGGCUGUCGAUUCAGAUCCACUGAUCCGUUUACACUUAACAGUGUAAACUCCUGCUGAGUUUUUGAUGUAGGCAACUCGUGUGACCAUUUUUUUAUUUUCUAAUAUUUGUUUUAUACGCUCUACUGAAUGUUUUUGUACACACACACUUUCAUGGUCUUUAUUAGAAUUUUUAGUAAAAAUUUCGUAACAAGAGGCUCCCUUUUGCCAUCGGCCUUUUCACAUGUUCAUCAUACUCUUAACGGGACCUUACGGAAACAAAGCAGUGUGUUAAAGUGAUGCUGCUUACAAAGUGACAAAGUUGAGCCAAUGCAGGUAGCAAGUGUCCAUUAUAAUAAUAUAGUAAAUAAUUCUUCCCCCCUUAAUGUAGUUCUAGUUUCUCCUUUGUGACCUGAGCAACCAUCACUUUUUAAGAUAAAUCUGGGCAAUUUAACAUUUUGAGCAAUCCCCAAAUGUAAAUACUCCUGUCUGACUGUAUGCUUUUUGUGUUAAGCUGGAAAAAGAUAUACAUAACAUAAUUAUAAAAUUACUGAAUUCUAGGGUGAAUCUGGAGUGAAGCCACUGAUUCACUGACUCAUGGAUUUUGAAAUCGGAAAUUCUUUAACGAUUUGCUGUCUUCUUCAGUUUUCACUUCAGCUACUUGACUUCCACCAAUUGAAACAGCGUUUUCCCUAUUUGGAUCACUGUUGAAUGUUCUUGUCUAUGGCUUACAGCUUAACCUCGUCCAGUCUGUGAUGGCACCUAUCAUUUAUUCAUUUAUUGGUGGCAACAGGCAACACAGUGCAUUUUCAGUUAAGGCUAAAUUUAGCUGGAUCUCUGAAAUAGUUUUGUACAGAUUUCUCUAAUAAAAUAUAAAUGCAUAGGGACUUCUUGUGGUAUAAUUUUGUAUUUGUAAAUCUUUUAUAUUUGAGCAUACAAGUUUUUGUAGAGGAAUGUGACUUUGUGAAUGCACAUUUGUCUGUAAUUUGUUGUUUCUACACUUAAAUGACGCAGUGUCUUUAUGAAAUGGAAGAAUCACAUUAAAGAAAAAAGAUAAAGAACA